AUGGUUGGACUCGCUUCGGCUGCUGGCCUCGUCGGCUUCCUCUCUGAACCAGACCCUGAGCUGCGGGUUUUUGCUUUAAAGACCCUAGAUUCUCAGAUCGAUUUGCUCUGGACAGAAGUGGUGGAUGCUGUUCCACAAAUAGAGGCUCUCUAUGAAGAUGAAACCUUCCCAGAACGCGAGCUCGCUGCUCUUGUCGCCGCUAAAGUUUACUAUCACCUUCAAGAAUAUAAUGAGAGUAUGGUAUUUGCACUGGGUGCGGGGAAGCUGUUCAAGUUAGACAAUGGAGGCGAAUUUGAGGAAACGAUUAUUGCUAAAUGCGUUGAUACCUUCAUCUCCCUAUCUGCUGCCCAACGACCUGCCGCUGGCGACCAGCCGGCCAACCUCAAUACUGCCUUCCCCACUUCCAGUGAAGGUGCUACAAGCACCUCUGCUAGUUUGACGUCCCCGAUCACUCCAUUUUCGCAGUCUGCCUUACCAUCGAAGUCGCUCCUUUCCCGACAAGAAGUACCAGGUAUCGAUGCGACUUACCCGGGUGGCGACGAUGCUAGCGUUAACCAGGAUGAGACGCCACUCGUCCUGAAGAGAGGCGUUCAAGGCCAGUUGCAGGCCGUUAUCGAACGUCUGUUCGAGCAAUGCUUCAUCCAAAAGCGAUAUCGCCAGGUGAUCGGAAUUGCCAUCGAAGCGAAGAGCUUGGACGUGCUUCGGAAAACCAUCAUUCGGGCAAGUGAAGAUGAGAAGAAACAGAAUGGCGAGUCUCGAAGGAGUGAAGAACUGAUGGAAUACGUACUGGAUAUUUGCAUGGGUAUUGUACAGGAGCGUGCGUUCCGUAACGAGAUUCUCAAACUCAUUCUAGAGCUCUUGAAUGAGAUCCCUAACCCAGAUUAUUUCUCGAUAGCGAAGUGCGUCGUAUACCUCAACGAACACUCCAUGGCAUCCGUCAUCCUCCGCCAGUUGGUCGAGAAGGGCGAUGCACGUUCCCUCGCUGUGGCGUAUCAAAUUUCAUUUGAUCUUUACGAUAACAGCACGCAAGAAUUCCUUCAAAAAGUCCGUCAGGAAAUUGCCGAUUUGGUACCAGAAGCGGAGGCUGAAGAAAAGCAAGACACAGUGGAGGGUGACCGAGAGCCGAAGGAGUCCGAUCCAUUGUUGGAAGACCAGUCCAGCUCGUCACAGCCCAGGUCCAUCGGAGCCAACGACAAGUCGAAGCUAUCCUCUGAAUCACAAUCGGCGUUUAAGAACAUUCUUGAUAUCCUUGAUGGCAUUAAGAGUAUCCAACUAAACUUGGAGUUUCUGUACCGAAGCAACAAGGCGGAUAUCGCUAUCCUUAACAAAGUUCGGGAUAGCUUGGAAGCUCGGAACUCUAUCUUCCACACCGCUGUCACACUCUCCAAUGCUUUCAUGCAUGCAGGUACCACACACGACAAGUUUUUCCGGGACAACCUGGAAUGGUUAGGAAAGGCUGUCAACUGGUCCAAGUUCACAGCUACGGCUGCUCUUGGUGUCAUCCAUCGUGGUAACUUGAGCCAGGGCCAAAAGCUCCUGCAGCCUUACCUUCCAAGGGAACAUAUUGCCGGUGUCGGGGGAUCGGGCUCAGUCUACAGCCAAGGAGGCUCGUUGUAUGCCUUUGGUUUGAUAUAUGCUAACCAUGGCGGUAUGGCUGUUGACCUCAUCCGGGAUCACUUCAAGAAGGCGACUGAGGAAGUUGUUCAGCAUGGUGGAGCUUUAGGUCUCGGUGUUGCCGGCAUGGCAACUGGUGAUGAGGGUAUCUACGAAGAUUUGCGAAACGUCCUAUAUUCUGAUUCAGCCAUCAAUGGUGAAGCUGUGGGUUUGGCCAUGGGGUUGGUCAUGCUGGGAACGGGUAACAUGAGAGCUCUAGAGGACAUGAUUCAGUAUGCCCAUGAGACGCAACACGAGAAGAUCGUUCGCGGUCUGGCUAUGGGUAUGGCUUUGAUCAUGUACUCCCGCCAAGAGGCUGCUGAUGAGCUGAUCAAUGGCCUUUUGGGCGACCCUGAUCCCACUCUCCGUUACGGUGGUAUCAUGACCAUUGCUCUCGCCUAUUGCGGCAGCAGUAGCAACAAGGCUGUCCGUAAGCUCCUCCAUGUUGCCGUUAGCGACGUCAACGAUGAUGUGCGACGUAUUGCAGUCCUGAGCUUGGGCUUUAUCCUGUUUAGAAAGUACCAAAGCGUGCCUCGUAUGGUUGAACUCCUUUCGGAGUCCUAUAACCCUCACGUCCGUUAUGGUGCAGCCAUGGCACUCGGUAUCUCGUGUGCUGGAACGGGCUUGGACGAGGCCAUCGACCUGCUCGAGCCGAUGCUCAAGGAUUCCACGGACUUUGUGAGACAAGGAGCUCUGAUCUCUCUGGCCAUGGUGUUGGUACAACAGAACGAGGCCAUGAACCCACGAGUCAGCACUCUUCGCAAAGCCAUGAUGAAGAUGAUUGGAGAUAGACACGAGGAUGCCAUGGCUAAGUUUGGUUGCGCCGUCGCUCUGGGUAUCAUAGAUGCUGGUGGCCGGAAUUGCACUAUCAGCCUGCAAACGCAGACUGGCAACCUCAAUAUGCCUGGAAUCGUCGGUGCUGCUGUAUUUACUCAGUACUGGUACUGGUUCCCUCUCACCCAUUUCUUGUCACUCAGCUUCGCCCCCACUUCCGUGAUCGGCGUGGACCAGAAGCUUGAAGUUCCUUUCUUCAAGUUCCACAGUAAUACUCGGCCGAGCCUGUUUGACUAUCCUCCCGAGCAACAGGUCAAAACCGAGGAAGCGCCUGAGAAAGUCAAGACUGCCGUGUUGUCCACCACCGCCCAGGCUAAGCGUCGGGCACAGCGCCGUGAGAAGCAGCAGCGACGAGAGAGUAUGGAUAUCGAUCAGACACCUACCACGCCUAAGGUUUCGGAUCAAAUGCCGGAUAGAAUGGAAACGGACGACGCCGCCACCAAGGUCGAGGACGACACUAAGGAGGGAGAGAAGGAGUCCGGAGAGGGCCAAAGAAAGAAGGUAGAACGGGAACGGGUUGGAUAUGAGCUCGAGAACAUGUCGAGAGUCCUCCCCGCUCAACUGAAGUACCUCACAUUUCCUGAUCCGCGGUACGAGCCGGUCAAACGGCCUACCGGUGGAGUGGUUGUCGUGCUGGAUAAGAAGCCAGAAGAACCACGGGAGACAAUUGAAAUGAAAGCAAGUAAGGAGGUCAGGCAACCUGCGGCAGCAGCAGAGACACUGCAAGACCGACUACAGGCUGCCAUGGGCGCGGCAGCCCUCCAGACCCCUCAACGAGGCUCAAGCCGCUUGGCCGAGGCAGCCGCAGGAGCCGCUGCUGCUGCGGGUGUUUUAACAGCUGUUGAUGAGGAUGACGAGGAUGACGAGGAGGCCCCCGUCCCCGAAGAGUUUGAAUAUGAAACCGACGGUGACGAGGACUAA